AAACGUCAUCAAUCCGCAUUCCCUUUUUUCUUUUUCUUAUUUGUUUGUGUUUGUCCGAUAAUACACUUUAGACUUUGACUCACGUCCUUUAAGAUAAUUGUAAUUUGGUUAUCGUUCAUUUUCGACUUGCCGUUUCAUAUAUCACAGAUCUUUUUUCUAUUACGAAAAUGAUUAACACAGGGAAGUUAUCAGGACUUACAGUUCUAAUCACUGGAGCCAGUCGGGGUAUUGGGAAGGCUAUUGCUUUAAAGGUUGCUAAAGACGGGGCCAAUGUAAUUAUAGCAGCGAAAACGGCGGAACCUCACCCAAAACUACCGGGGACCAUUUAUACUGCAGCAGAGGAGGUUGAGAAGUCAGGUGGCAAAAGUUUACCCUGUAUAGUAGAUGUGAGAGAUGAGGUGCAAGUGAAAAAAGCAAUAGAAGAAGGAGUUAAGAAGUUUGGGGGUAUCGAUAUUCUUAUCAACAAUGCUUCAGCAAUAUCUUUAACUGGAACUGAAGAGACUGAAAUGAAGCGAUAUGACUUAAUGCAUAAUAUUAAUACAAGGGGGACAUUUCUGAUGUCUAAGGAGUGCUUACGCUAUCUUAAAAAAAGUAAACAUGCUCAUAUCUUGAAUUUAUCUCCGCCACUCAAUAUGCAACCUCACUGGUUUAAAAAUCAUGUUGCCUACACCAUGGCCAAAUAUGGCAUGUCUAUGUGUGUCUUAGGGAUGCAUGAGGAACUAAAACCUUUCAACAUUGCUGUCAAUGCACUGUGGCCUCGAACAAUGAUUUAUACUGCCGCAAGCGAUUUGCUUUUGGGCAAUGAAUCCUCUCGGUACUCCAGAAAACCAGAAAUAGUGGCUGAUGCCGCUUAUGCCAUACUUACGAGGGAUCCGAAAACUGCUACAGGAAACUUUUAUAUUGAUGAUGAGGUAUUGCAAGCUGAAGGUAUUACAGAUUUUGCACAGUAUGCCUGCGAUCCAAACAAUCUAGAAGGGAUAAUCCAAGAUCUAUUUGUGGGUGAGCAGCCUCCUCCAUCUUUAACUGCUCAAAAGAGUCCCUCUGCGGCAUCCAAUGAAUUGACGGGAGAAGUUGGGAAAAUAUUCAAUGCUAUCAAAAGCAACAUUUCAGCUGAAACAGUGUCAAAGACGCAAGCUGUGUAUGAAUUUGUAGUCACAGGAGAUGAAGCGGGAAAAUGGUAUAUUGAUUUGAAGACUGGGGAAGGUGCUUGCGGACAAGGUGAACCGCCAUCUCAGCCGGACGCUACUCUAACGAUGGACAGUAAAAAUUUCUUCAGUUUGUUCUCUGGAAAGUUGAAACCAGCCACUGCCUACAUGACCGGAAAGUUGAAGGUCAAGGGUAACUUGCAACAAGUUAUGAAGCUUGAGAAACUCAUGGGGAAAAUAAAAAGUAAACUUUAAGAAGUUAAGUGCAUCUUUGUUUAUUUAUAUUUUUUAAAGUCUGUAUUUUAAAGUUGUUAUUAUAAUUAUCGGAAUAUGUUAUGGAAAUUUUAUAUUAAAUUUUUUAAUUGCAA